GCUUCAAGAAUUCUCUCAUCGCUCCCUCCCCCAAUGCCAGCACCGACUGGGUAUCCCGCACUCUAUCUCUAUCCUCUUAAUGACUCAUUCGUUCCAAAACACAUUUCUCUGCUCCAUAACCAGAGAGUCAAGAUAGGAAGGCAAACGAAUGCGAAAACGACACCCGGUGAACGAAACGGAUAUUUCGACUCGAAGGUACUCAGCAGGCAGCACGCGGAGGUUUGGGAGGAGGGUGGAAAGAUUUUCAUCAAGGACGUGAAGAGCUCGAAUGGAACGUUCAUAAAUGGUGAACGGCUCAGCCCGGAAGGUCUCGAGUCCGACCCUUACGAACUCAAGUCGGACGACAUUGUCGAAUUCGGCAUAGACAUCGUCGGUGAGGACAACAAAACGAUCAUCCAUCAUAAGGUGGCUGCACGAGUACUAUGCAUCCUCAGCGACCAGGAUAUGCAAAUGGCUGCUCGUGCGGAGCAACACCAGAUGCAACACGGUUCACUCCAACAGCAACAACAGCAACAGCAGCAGCAACAGCAGAUUCCGAGUCCCGGCUCUGCCUUCAAUUUCUCUGCGGGCUCAGCGCAGCAACAGCAGCCACCCCCGCGUCGGCCGGGGAUAUCCCAACAGGGUAUGGGUGGCAUGGGUGGCAGUAUGCGGCCACCAGGGAAAAGCGGACUCACGUUCGACCAUAUUCUCACCCGGCUUCAAGGCGAGUUGCAGAAAAGUAGAGAAACGGGUGCUGAACUGCAUACUCUGACGAGUGCAAUGAACGACAUACACGAUACACUUGGUGCCGGUAAUAUGCCCCAAAAUCCUCCACCUAAUCCCCAUACUCUUCCUCCAGUUCGUUCUCAAAAUCCUUCUGAUGAGGCGCCUUUACCUCCACCCAUACAAGAUCAUCAAGCUCCGUCAUCUACGUCUCCUCCUCCGGAAUCGCUUCUGAUGAACAAAGCCGACACUUCAACUUCAACGUCUUUCUCGCCACAUUCACCUCCAAGUAACCUCAUCACCGAAUUACAAGCCCAGCUGCAAGAAACCCAGACAUCAUUAGCGGCCCAUGUAGACCGUAUUCGGGUUCUAGAGGGUGCUCUCAAGGAACAAGAGACGAUCAGAAAUGAUGUCAGCAUGCUGAGGGAUAUGAUGAAUUCUCUGCAGAGGGGGGAGCGCGAAUGGUCUUCACACCCACCUCCAUCGUCACCCCAAUCUCGAUUACCACAUUCGACAGAGUCACAUGCUACCGAAGAAGUUCACAGGGAGUUCGAGGAACAUGACGAUGAUGACAUUGACGACCGCCAGAGUAUUGCCACCAUAGUGCCCCAUGAGCUUGAACGCGUCGAGGAAGAAGACGAGGAGUCCGCGAUGGUGGAUGAGGAUCAAGAUGAGGAGGAGGCCUCGUCACUCAGUCAAAGACCUCGUGUCGAUGAGCUGGAUUUGGAAACUUCGAGUUCCCACAUGCGAGAGCAGGAGCAGGAGGAAGAGGAGGAGGAAGAACGUCGUCGACGUAGGGAGGAGCUCGGUCGACCCAGGACUCCGGAACCUACAAGGCUUGGGAUGCAUGUCAAAAUUAAUGGCCAUCAUCAUCCUGAGACCAGAACUCGUUCCAAGACCCUCACCGAACGUUCUCCUCACAAUUCCUCCGCUGUCAUUGAGGAGCUUAGCGUGCGGGUCGCAUCCUUUACCUCCCAACUCGAAAGUGCGAUGGAGUGGUCGAAAGGCCUACAGAAAGAGCAUCAAGAGGCACGGGAGGUGAUAAGAGGAUUGGAAUUGAAGGUGGAGGGCUUGGAAGAGGUUGUUAGAAAUGGGUUGAAGCAGCAACAGAAGGUGGAAGAUCCCCCGAUUUCGAAGGUAGAGGAAUCCGAUACCGCUGUCGAACCUGAAACAACGCCACCCUCGGUCAAUGAGACCCCUGCACGCAAAGAGGAACCAUCGGAGACGGCGCAAACCGCUUCGCUAACCUCGAUGAUUAUGGAAUGGAAAAGUCAUGUAGAGGGUCAAUGGAGCUCAGUCCGUGAGGAAUGGUCGCAAGAGAGGCAAAGGCUGGGUAGAGCAAGAGAAGAAUGGGAAAGUAAGAUGACGGGUGAGUGGGAAAGAAAGGUUCGAGAGGUUGACGAUGGACUGGAAAGGAUUGACAAGAUGGAAAAGGAGAUCAUCCAGGACCGAGAAAGCAGGGAAAAGGAGAGAGCGACAUUCUUGGCCAGGUCUUCCGCAGCUUUAUCAACAGGCGCUUUUGUUAAUGGUGAAGCACUCAAGUAUCGCGGUGGCGGCCUUGUGACGCCUCCCAGCCCUAGAAGUGUUUCGAGCGACCAUGAAUAUAAUUCCUCAUCAAGCUGGAGUGGGCGGCCAAGUAGAAAACGUUCGCGCUCUGGAUCUUCAGGUAGACGAAAAGUCAGGGGGGUACGGAGGAGUUCUUCUAGAGGCGCCGACACGGACGACACGGAAGAAACGUUAGCAGUCGACGAGCAUGCUGUCGUGGUCAGCGAGGACAAAAUACUUGUGCCACCAGGGUCUUUCGCAGCCAGGCAAGGAGGGAUAGAGGAGAACGGCCCUUUGAUAACCCCCGAGUCCCUGAUAUUUGCCCGGGAUACGACAGCUGUUGACAGGCCUUCAAGGAUUCAAGGUCAAGAAGAUGACCAAGAACUUUUGAACUCCAAAAUUCAUGCACAUUUGGGUUCAAUGUCAGUAAACAACAUUAACGUUCAGACGGCGGUGGGGGUUCUCGUGUUAAGCGUCGCUGCGGCAGCAGUCGUAUGGCGUGUCAAACCAGAAUGAAAUGGUCAUUCGUUUGGAGGUUGUUGGGAUCAAAUCUUCGUAUACGUUUGCAGAUACGUACCAUACCCUCAUUUAUACACAUGCAUUGUACGCCACGUACAGUCUUUUGUUUCAUUUUCGGUCUCAUUUGCGCUUCUGUUCGCAUUUUAUGUUUAUCUUUGCUGUGAUUAAAAUUAUAUUCAUGCGGAAAACAAAAUAUCGACAGCUGGCAGUGGCUUCAGUGAAGCAGC